AUGCCUAAUGGUUCUCUUGAAAAAUUUGUAUACGAUGAAAAUGAAACUGAAGAGAGUUAUCAAUUGGAUUUGGAAACAUACUAUCAAAUCUCACUUGGGACUCAUAGGGGACUAGAAUAUCUGCAUCGAGGUUGCAACUCGCGAAUUUUACAUUUUGACAUCAAGCCUCAUAACAUCCUUCUUGAUGCAGAUUUUGUGGCCAAAAUCUCAGAUUUUGGCCUAGCCAAAAUUUGCACUAGAAAAGAUAGUUUAGUCUCAAUGUUGGGUUCAAGAGGUACUAUUGGAUAUAUUGCUCCAGAAGUUUUCUGCAGAAGUUUUGGAGGGGUUUCUCACAAGUCUGAUGUCUAUAGUUAUGGAAUGAUGGUUUUAGAAAUGGUGGUAGGGAGAAAGAAUGUGAAUGUUAGAGUUAAUAAUAGUAUUGAAAUAUAUUUUCCACAAUGGAUCUACAAGCGCCUUGAGGUUGAAGAAUUAGGACUCAAGAGAAUUAUGAAUGAAGAAGACAAUGUAAAAGCAAGGAAGAUGAUUAUGACGAGCCUAUGGUGCAUACAAAAUGAUCCCUCAAGCCGACCAACAAUGAGUAGAGUCAUAGAAAUGUUGGAAGGUAGCCUUGACUCUUUGGAAGUACCACCUAGGCCUUUCUUGUCCUCCCCUCCAAGAACACCACUAUCUGAUUCUUCGAACACAUUUGUAUCUUUUAAAGUAUAA